AUGUCAUUGGUGCCAGGUGACUCAAGGAUACAUGAUAGCAGCCAUUUGAGAGGAACAACUAAGAGUCGGAUACCUUCUAAAGUUCCAACGAGGCAAAAACAACAACCUUUAAGACCUAAACUUCACGGUGAAACGCAGGUAUCGCUUAGACCGAAAUCAGCCAACCGUGUUAAAGAUGAUGGACCUUCAAGACAAAGUAACACAAGGACAAUGCAAGAGCGAGCUCUAGCAAGAAGGAAGUCUGGUAAUUAUAACAAGGAUCAAGCAGACCAGGACUCUGUUCAAAUAUGCGAAGAUUUAGAGUUAGUAACAAGCGGAGUUUUCCCGAAUUUAUACUCAUCAAAAAACAAAGAAGGAAUACCGGAAGACAAUAAACAAAUCGAAGUGAUCUGGCAAAAGUAUACAACAGAUUUUGAAUUGAUGAAGAAGGAUUUGGAUAGCCGUCAGAGAGCAAUAGUGGAACUGUACGCGAGCAUGAGAAACACUCAUCAAAAAUUGUCCGAAAUGGGGCAAGCCGUGACUUUGCCGCCUUCGGAUGAACUCACUGUCAUGAAUGUGGCAAAAUUAUCUCCGGAUCAAUUGCUUGAGUUGUGUACUGUUAAUUCAGUGCAGGGGGCAAAUUCCAAAUCAUCUAGAGAACAUCAAGAAUUUGCUAAAACUCCUCUCACAAUCUGUAUAAGUAAACUAUAUGAUUUACCAACAAAAAUUAUUGCUACUUGCGAACAAACCAUAACGAAAAGAAGAGAAAUCAUCGAUUGGGUCACCGAUCUCACAAGAGAAAAGGGAAUUUCCAGACACUGUCUUGACAAUAGAAUGCAGGAAUAUAAAGCGGAAAAUGAAAUGUUAACUAGCUCCUUAGAACAAGCUAAAGGAGGUUUUCAAAAAAGUCUAGAGGAAAUUAUAGAGUUUAUACGGAAAACUAUGAAUGAAGCAAAGGCUUGUCAAUUACGAACCGAAGAACAAUUAUGUAUGAUGGCUGAAUUGGAUUCAGAAAACGCUGAUUUGCGAAAACAGUUACACAAUACCGAUAACUUUAAGCUUCAGAGAACUAAAAUAGAGGAACUUGAAAAACAGCUAAAAGAAGAAAAGCGAACGAAAACAAUUAUGCGAGAUCAUUUGGAAAGGGCAGCUGGACAAAUAAAAAUACGUGACGAACGAGCUUUACAGCUAGAAACUGCUUUAGAACAAGCUAAGUCACAUUCUACAGAUUUAGAACAAUUAGUUCAAAAACUCCAGAAGCAGGGCCAACAAUUACAAGCUAAUUUUGAUAAAGAGCUCAGUAACUUGACUCUAUCAGUAAAGGAGAAUAUGCAGCAUUUAGAAGAAAUAGCAGAUGCACGUGCGAAAUUACAGACUGAAAAGGAGGAUUUAGAGAAGCGCCUGGAAGAUCUAUCACAGUACUAUAACGAAUCGUUAAAAUCGGUGAAACACGAUAUGAAUGUCAACAUCGCAAAACUUAUAGAAACUGAAAAGAAAUUCGAUGUGCAAGUAGAGGAGAAAAAAAAAGUUUUAGAGAAGUUAGAGGCCAUGUGUGCGCAGACGGUGGAAUGUGAAAUGCGCAAUAAAAACCUAGAAAUUGUACUUCGCGAAAAAGAAACACAGUUAGGUAAAGCCUUGAAGUAUGAAAAAGAAUGGCAAACAACCAAGGAAGAAUUGAAUUUGACAAUAAGGGAUUUAAAAGAUUGCAAAAGUCAAUUACUUGAACAAAGCAAGACUAUAAAACAACUUGAGGAUGAUUUGGAAAACUCGCGCCGUUUAGAAGAAGAACUAAAGACUAGUCUUGUUACUAAAGACAAGAACAUAGGAGAUCUGGAAAAGAAGCGGACACAGCUGGAAGAACAAUUGCAAGAUAGGGAAAACAAAAUAAGUUCUUAUGAAAUACAACUAUCGUCUCUGAAGAGUCAUAUUACCCAGUUGCAAGAUGAUUUUGGUGAAUUUGAUAAUUUAGAAGAACUUCAUGAUAUGAUAAAUCAACAAAGAGCUAAUCUGUUAGAGACUACAAGGCAGAACGGAGAGCUCGCUCAAGCGCUCCAAAAGAAAGAUGAAGAAUUGGACAGACACUUAGAACGUCUGGCAGAACAAGAACAUAUAAUGAAGCAGAAAGAUGGCUGUAUAAAAUUGUUGUCGGACAAAGAAGAAGAACAGACCAAAAUAAUUAAAUUGUUGCGAACCAAUUUGGAGAUGAGAACACAAGCUGAUGUGGAUUUAAGUCAACAGAUAUCAGAGAAAAAUUCUGAAAUAGAGGCUCUCAUCGCAAAUGUUGAAACAAGGAAGCAGCAAAUAUCUCAGCUAGAGACAAUUAUAUUGACAUUAGAAGAACAAACCAGUAAAUCCAUUAUGGAGAGAAGGAAAAAGGAUCAAGAAAGAAUAAACUUUUUGGAAAAGCAAAUCGCUGAAUACGAAGCGUUCCAUUUAAAUAAUAAACACGAUUUACCUGAUAAAAAUUUAGACAGUAUAAUCGAUAUUCUUGAAAAAGAACUAGGAACAUCAGUUGAACCUCGGGUCACGACUAGAUCACAUGAAUAUGUUGCUAUACCUAAAAAAAAGUUUACAGGCGACCAAAGGCGAGAAUAUUUUGAAUGUCAUAAAGGAAAAAAUCAAACUGCGUAUCAAACUGAACAAGAAUCAAUUCCGACUAAAAUAGUUUUAGAUAAUAUCGUUAAUAAGACUUACACAACUAAUCCUGAUCUGUUCAAAGUUGAUAAUCUUGGUCGAAAGAAAGCUAUUUUAAAUAUAGAAACACAUAAAUGGGUGACUGGACCACAUCCUGGCCCUGAGACGUAUUCUAAUACACCACCAGUCAAGGAAAAUCUUUAUGGUCCUCUUAGAGGUGGACUAUUUAACACUAAUCAUCCAUUCUUAACUAGAAACUUACCACUUUUCAAUAUCGAUCAAUUUAGAGAAGAUAAAAGAAACAAGAUGUUUAAAUUAGCUUGUCAUAAACUGUAA